UCCAGUUCGUGAACACUGCCAUUUGACGAAAAUGCCACCCAAGGCUAGCGGUAAAGCUGUGAAGAAGGCUGGAAAAGCCCAGAAGAAUAUCACCAAGUCCGACAAGAAGAAGAAGCGUAAGAGGAAGGAGAGCUACGCUAUCUACAUCUACAAAGUCUUGAAACAAGUCCACCCUGACACCGGAGUGUCUAGCAAAGCCAUGAGCAUCAUGAACUCGUUUGUAAACGACAUCUUCGAACGCAUUGCUGCGGAAGCAUCGAGAUUGGCUCACUACAACAAGAGAUCAACCAUCACUUCUCGGGAAAUCCAGACAGCUGUUCGUCUGCUCCUUCCCGGAGAGUUGGCUAAACACGCUGUGUCUGAAGGCACCAAGGCUGUUACCAAAUACACCAGCUCAAAGUAAAUCAAUUUUUUGAUUUUACAAUCCAAUCGGCCCUUUUCA